AUGUCACGAGCGCGCAUUGUUCUCAGUCGCGCGGCUUUGACAUCAUCUUGCCAAUCCGCCAGCCGAACCUUCCGCUCCUCCAGCUACCAUGCGCAUCGCGAUGUUCCCCUCCCCCUCCAAUCCCGCAUCCGCUGGUCAUACUUCUGGUACGCCAGCAUACUCGCACUCGGCAUCACAACUGGUCUAGGUGCUCGCCACUUUGCCGCGCCUCUCGGUCUUCCAGAGCCCGGUUCAAGAGAAGACGAGAUCAUCCUCGACUCUCUGCGGCGCGACAUCGAUGCUCUCGAGAUCGUACAAUCCUUGCGCUCUCAGUCAUACAACCUACAUACCGACACAGCGCUCCGGUCAGGACCGGGAAUAACGUCAUCUCCUGGGUCAAGUCGGAAGAUAUCAGCGUACAAAGGGUGGCUCGAGCUGGAUCUGGACUUUGGGAGAGAGAAUGAAGGCAAGAAAGGCAUCUUGGGCGUCAUGAGUGGCACGCGGGGAUUGGGUGUACAAAGAGCAUUUUGGAGUGCAGAGACAAGAGAGAUGGUGGCUGUGGUCUGGAUAGGAGGAGGAAUGAGUGGUUGGCCGGGUGUUGCGCAUGGCGGGGCUAUCGCAACCAUCUUUGAAGAGAUCAUGGCGAGGAUGGUCAGAGGGCCAGAUGGCAUUGUGGACUCUCUCAGCCUAACCUACGCCAAACCGACCUACAGCCUCGACUUCUACGUCCUCCGUGCCUCCUUCUCGAAACCUGACCUCCCUCAAUCCGAGCCGCCGCCAGAACCCGAAGCGGAACCUACAAAGAGCUGGUUGGGGUGGUUGUCGCCGCAGAAGGACCUGACGAAGAAGAUCGACGCGUCGAGACAGAAGCAGGAGAUUGUUGCGACGCUGGAGAGUGUCGGCGGGGACCUUUGUGUUAAGGCCAAGGGCACGUUCAAUGGAAGUAGCCCGGUUGUCCGAGGGAUUGAGGUGGCCGCGUACUAG